GAGGAGGAGGAGGAGGAGGAGCCGCCGCCGCUGCAUCAAAGAGACCGAAUUCCCGCGGCCUGGGGGGAGUCAUGCUUUGCGGUCUGUAAUGUCAGCAGAACAGGAGAAGGAUCCCAUUUCGCUGAAGAGAGUUCGAGGUGGUGAUAGUGGACUGGAUGGGUUAGGAGGACCAGGUGUACAGCUAGGAAGCCCAGAUAAGAAAAAACGCAAGGCAAAUGCACAGGGACCUUCUUUUCCUCCAUUAUCUGAAUAUGCUCCACCACCGAAUCCAAACUCUGACCAUCUAGUGGCUGCUAAUCCAUUUGACGAUAAUUAUAAUACUAUUUCCUAUAAACCACUACCUUCAUCAAAUCCUUACCUUGGCCCUGGUUAUCCUGGCUUUGGAGGCUAUAGCACAUUCAGAAUGCCACCUCACGUUCCCCCGAGAAUGUCUUCCCCAUACUGUGGUCCUUACUCACUCAGGAAUCAGCCACACCCAUUUCCUCAGAAUCCUUUGGGCAUGGGUUUUAAUCGACCUCAUGCUUUUAACUUCGGGCCACAUGAUAACUCGAGUUUUGGAAAUCCUUCUUAUAAUAAUGUACUAAGUCAGAAUGUUAACAUGCCUAAUCAACACUUUAGGCAAAACCCUGCUGAAAACUUUAGUCAGAUUCCUCCACAGAAUGCUAGCCAAGUAUCUAACCCUGAUUUGGCAUCUAAUUUUGUCCCUGGGAAUAAUUCAAAUUUUUCUUCUCCAUUAGAAUCUAAUCAUUCUUUUAUUCCUCCCCCAAAUACUUUUGGUCAAGCAAAAGUACCUCCCCCAAAACAAGACUUUAGUCAAGGAACAACCAAAAACGCAAAUCAAAAUUCCUCUGCUCAUCCACCUCAUUUAAAUAUGGAUGACACAGUGAAUCAGAGUAACAUUGAAUUAAAAAAUGUUAAUCGAAACAAUGCAGUAAAUCAAGAGAACAGCCGUUCAAGUAGCACUGAAGCUUCAAACAACAGCCAUGCAAAUGGGACACAGAAUAAGCCACGACAACCUAGAGGUGCAGCAGAUGCAUGCACCACUGAAAAAAGCAAUAAAUCUUCGCUCCACCCAAGCCGUCAUGGCCAUUCGUCUUCCGACCCAGUGUAUCCUUGUGGAAUUUGUACAAAUGAAGUGAAUGAUGAUCAGGAUGCCAUCUUAUGUGAGGCCUCUUGUCAGAAAUGGUUUCAUCGGAUCUGUACUGGAAUGACUGAAACUGCUUAUGGCCUCCUAACUGCAGAAGCAUCAGCAGUAUGGGGCUGUGAUACCUGUAUGGCUGACAAGGAUGUCCAGUUAAUGCGCACCAGAGAAACUUUUGGUCCACCAGCAGUGGGCAGUGAUGCAUAAUUGGAGGUGUUAGCUGAAGUGUUUUUUUUCUCCUGUGUGUUACAGAGAUUCAGUAACACAGGAUGUUAAUGUUUUACGUUGUUUUCUAAAAAUGCACAUGCAAGAAAGUUAUUUACCUUUUAGUUUUUAUUAAUAGUCCACCUCACUCUAGUGCAAAUUUUGUAUUUGUUUGCUAUCUUAAGUGAGAAUAAUGUAUAUGGGGGCGCUUUAGAAACAUUUAUAAAUAAAUGUUAGUUGUUAUUAUUUAUCAUAAACAUAAAAGCCUCUUGAAGCUUCAAAAUAAUAUAUAACAAAUGUAGGCAAGUUUAACUUUUAAAAGUUAGAAUCUUGAAAAAUGUAUAGUUUAGAGCUAAACUUCGCUAUACCAUAUUAAACAUUUGGUUCAAGGAUCCAUUUAACAUAUUUUCAGAACAUUAUAUAUGUAGCUAUAACAUGGGGAAAACAUGCCUUUUAAUUAAUUUUUUUAAAAAACAGAGUGCAACACCAAAUUCUUCCUCCAAUGGGGUCUUUGAAAUUAGUGAAGUCUGUUUUUUAAGCCAGUCUUUCCCUUUUCUGUUUGUACAGAUACAAGACAAAUCUUAGCAGAUAGUGGAUUCUUAGUAUUGGUUGAUGAACUUGGAUUGUACCACAUGAAAUUGCUAAUAUUGGAUUUGUUGAAAACUGACUGCAAUUAGUAACAUUGAUAUAAAGUGUGCUUCCAAUUGUGCUAUUUAGAAUUAUGUUAGUGUUUAUACUCUUAAUUUUCUUUGAUUAUUGAAUUGUUUUGUGAUGGUUUAUUGUUUUACAGAGAAAUAAAUAAUUUAGCAUCUUCAGAAGAAUUAUGAAUGCUUUUUUCAAAAUAUGAUUUUAAACUUGGACAGAUUACGAAUGAAGACAAUAGAAAUAACAAUUUUGCCUUAGAGGGCUCUGUUAGCAAAAGGAUUUCUCAGUGGUGGUUUGAAAAAAUCUUUUCUGGAGAUCAGAAUUUUAAAAAUGAACCUCAGGGAAGAUCAAAAUCCAUUUUAAACAAAGGUCAAUUAAAAACCAAAAUGAAAACUGACUCACAAACAACAAUUUGUGACCUUGCAGCAGACCUAGAAGUUUCUGCUGUGACUGGGAAAGUGUAAAAAUGGGCCUAAGAGUACCCUCUAAAGAGAAAAGAAUGGAGACAAUUGGAGGCUUGCUCAUUAUGAUGCAGAACAACAGAAACAUAUUAGUAGAGCAGAUCACAGCCUGUGAAACCUCCUCCAAAUACUGUAUGACAGUUGAUAGCAAUUUAUACAAUGAUUGGAUGUUAGUAAAGCUACUAAAUAAUGUACAAUGUUUUCAUUGUGACCAGAAAGUUUCUGAAGACUGAUCUGCAAAAGGCAUAAUUAAUUACUACUAUUUAAACUUGAAACAAUGAUAGCAUCAGUAUAUUGUCAAGAACUUAAAUUAUGCAUGGAAAAAAGUUAAUUGAAAAGCAGUGUCCUUUGGUUAAGCAAGAACCCACGGUUGUACAGGACAAGACCUGACCUCAUAUAUCACAAGCCACUAAAAUGAAGGUAUUGACUUGGGCUAUGAAAUUUUGUCACGUCCAUCCUACUUACUGGACUGCAUCUUUUUGACCAUUUGGAACUUUUUCUUCUAAGAAACAACACAUUCCCAAACUGAAAAGAAGUAACUGGAGAAUCUCAGCAAUUUAUGCAGAAAAACAAAUGGUGAGUUUUGUAAAAGUUAAGUGUUUAAUAUCCUCUUGGAGGAAAACUGUUAAUGCUCCUGACCCAUAUGUUGAUUGAAUAAAGCUUAUUUUUUAAGUGUUCUAAUUUUGACCUAUAAAACAGAAAUUUCAUAUGGUACAAGGUAAUGUGAGCUUUUGUCAUUUGCCCUUAACUAGUUACAGAUGAGUACAAAAUAUUUUCAGUAAUUGUAAAACAUGUAUAGUUAUAAUUUUAGGAAAUGAAGUGAUGUAAACUUCAAUACUAGGUAACUUCUUUGUGUGAAAGUUUUACCAGUUGAAGCGGGUUAAAAUAUUGUUGGCUCUGACAUUUGGUGGUGUUCAGUAGCAUAUCUGAAGAUCCUGUUUUGCUCACCUUGUAAGUUUUGAGAGAUACAUAAUUUUCUAGAUGUUUAAGGACUUGAUUAUGUUUUCAUUGGAUUUCUCAUGUGUGUUGAUUUUUAGGAAAUGAUCCACUCACGGCAUGCUGUGUGCCCAUUCCUAGCAUCAGAUCGUGAUUUCUUGUAACUGAAUAGAGCUAGAUAGGUAUUCUGAGUAGAACUUCCCAGGGUUCUCAAGAGUUAACGCUUUACAUGGUAGUACUUGAGUUGUGCUCAUUGCUAAGACUGAUUAUGCAGCUUCUUAAAACCUUUUUUGAUUAUAGUUUCAUUGGUUAGCUGUUUUUGUGAAAAUGAAAUAACCUCUCCCAAGCAAAUCUAAAGAUACUUGAUUUGUAAUGUGAUUCAUUGAUUUUCUAUUUUUGAGUAGUUGUUUUUAAAAACUUAACAGGUGAAUUUUUAUUCAAGUGUUCAGCUCUUCAAAACAUCUUCCUCAAAUAAGACCAUGUAAAUAUUCAAAAGAAAAACUUGUGGUUGAUUCUGACAGUGAAAUCAGCUAAACUAUAAUCAUAGCUGAUUAAUGUUUUCAUGUGUUUGAAUUAAUUUUCUUCUAGGUUACACAUUUGUCUCCAUAUAACACUGAAAAGUUACAUGGAUGCUUUAUAUAGUAAAGGGAUGAACUCCAGGAAUGGUCAGAUUAUAAUCUGUCCAACUUGAUCCAAAGAUGGUUAUUAUACAGAUUGAUAAGGCUUUCAUAUGACAAAUGAUGAGCUGUCCUCAGCUUUAAAAAUACAUAAUGAUGGAAAGAAAUACAGGUAUAAUCGUACUUUUGGGGAUAUAAUCCUUUUCCUUCACUGAAAGGCCUUGUCUCCCAUACACACAUAUAUACAAAGACACACACAUACAAAUGAAUAGGAAAUAUUGGAGUUUCCCCUACAUUCUCAAGUUUUCUGACGUUCAGCCUGACUGUCAGCAUCUAGGCUCACUCUUCAGAAUCGGGUUGCUGACAGAAAGCUUUAAAGCAUCUCUUCCUUUCUCAGAACUUGAUUUGCUGAUUCACUAGAGAACUCCUAGUCCACAUGGUUCUAGAUGUUACUGGAUUCACAGAUACUGAAACAGCUUAGCUUGUAAUACAAAAUAAAUUGUUUUUCAAAUAGAGUGCUUAGAAUUAGAUUUGUGGUCAGUGUUUUCCUCUGCGUGAGAUACUGUCAAGUACUGCUAUUAUUCUUAUUAUUCAAAUUAGACAGUUAUAUAUAUGAAACUGAAGAUUUUAUUGUACUGAGGCUUGUUCAUCAUAGAUAAACACAAUGUGAAGAUCCAUGUUUUUGAUGGAUUUUUAAAGACUCCCAACUUAGUCUGUGGCAGGAAUAAACCUCUUAAUAGUAUGGCUCAUCAUGAUAUCGGCUGACUUUAGUCAUCCAAAUAAAAUAGAUGUCAAGAGUCUUUAUCUAAUAUUCUUUGAGUCUUGUUUAUCUUGAACAAAUUAGAGUGUUAGUACUUAUUAUCCAACAUACUGUAGUAAUUGUAUUUAAUAGUAAGAAAAUAGAUAAGCAAUGAUUUUUUGGAAGGGUAUUCUAAAAUUUUUUUAUGGUGUAUAGAAGUUUCAUAUGCAUGAGCAUUUGUGCUAUUUUAGAUUUCUUUUCAUUAAAAAAGUUGAAAAGCAUCCAGAUUCCCAAAGUUCACUUGUAAAUAGUGACUUAGAACUCAAGAUAAAAUGAUUAGAUUAUUAGGGAAGUUCAUAAAAGCUUAUUUAAACCAUAAAUGUAGUUAAAUGUUAGGCUCAUACUGAGGUAUCAGUUUUAUUUAGGGAACCAAUCAAAUGUAAGAGAAAGAAGCAGAGGUCUUUCCUUAUUAGUAAUAUGAUCAGAAGGUUAAGUUCUUCGGAAUGGGUUGUCUCCCACUAUCCUCUUACUAUCCUAAAUUCUCUGGUAGAAUGCUGUAUAGGCAGGCUUGCCCUUCUCUCUUUUGGAUACUGUGUGCAUCAAAAUUUCUUGUCUUUCCUCUCUGAUCAGAAAUACUGUUUCUUUGUGUGGCAGUGGUUGGCUGGAAUUUAAGAGAAAAGCAUUCUACAUUAUGAUAUGAAUGAAGAUAGUGGAGAAAGUGACAUUAAAUUUCUUUUUCAAGAAUAUAUUCAGAAUGAAUCCUUAAUAUAUAACAUUUCAGACAACAUGACCAUAUUUCAGGCACCACAGGAAGCAGUAUUUUAGCAAAUUAGGUUGGUUUUAUUUUAAGAAUACUUCCAAUUUCCUGUAAAUUGUUAUGACUUCUCACAGCUUCUUGUCCUCAAACUGAGGUUUUGUUUUUUAUUUCCAAAUUUUAGUAAUGUCUCUUUUUCUGUUUAUCCAGUGGAAGAGUAUAAAAUUUAUAUCCACAUCUUACAACUCUUAAUGGUAGAAGGGUGGGAGUUUGGAAACACUCCUGAAGGAAGGGCACUGGGGAUAGCUUUAAUAUCUCCUAAGACAAGCGGCCUAGGGGAAAUGAAAGGAAGAAAGUGGCUGUGUGUGUAUGCCAGGCAUUAAUACGUCAGAGCUUACCUGCAUUUAAGUAAAACUUCUAGUGAAACCUGAUGGAUAAGCUUCAUCUUUGUCAUAUUUUAUCAGAAAUACAUUACUUGGAAUUAGAUUAAAAGUUACGCUAAAUGCUUGUACCUUUCUUGUUCUGUAGAUGUGUAGAUGAUGUUGCUUGUUAGUUAAAAUAUUAUCUUUUAUAAAAGAAAGUCCUGCUUCUUAUCAUGAUGUAUGUGACUUAAAUGAUUGUUUCAUAUUAAAACUAUUUCUUCCUUAUGUACUGUUUACAUAUACCUCUUUUUGGGAUAUUAGUUCAGUACUUUUAUACAAAUCUGAGUGUGUUCCACAUUGGUGACAUGUAUUUUUGCAGUAAUUUUUUGUUUUGUUCUUAGAGCAUGUCUAGAGUAAUACAUGCACUAGUGCUGUGGUUUGUGGCAAAAUUACUGUAAUUCAAAUUGGAAAAUAAAAUGUUUCCAGACGUUGUCCAACAUUUAUUCCUAUGGCAAGUGAAAUUACUAUGUAAUACUAAUUAUUUCUUAUGAUGGUAUGUUUUAAGCUACUCUAUGAAGUAUAUGAAACAUCAAUAUUUGUGGAUUAGUAGAUGUUCUGAUGUCUUUGAAAUGUGAGAGAGAGGUAAAAUUUGGUGUUAGCAAUUCAUGACACUAAUAAUACAGUAAAUACUUCUUAAAAUUUUGAUCUUUCACUUACAGAUAUAAUUUACUAAAGAAUUAAAUGACAGUUCAUUUUAGGACUUUUGGUUUUUUUGGCCCAUUCUACUACAGUUAUAUAAUAGACUUUGAACUUAGUUCAUAGUUCCCUGCCAAAAAUAUUCACUCCACUAUCACCAAAAUAAAUAUUAAUAAUGGUCUUCAUUUAUUAAGAUGCCAUAAAGCUCCUGUAUUUUAUUUGGAAUUUGUAAGUUGAUACAAUGACUUAAAAGUUGUUGACUUUGUACUCUGAUGAAAGAAUUUUAAAAUAAAAGUAAUAAUCAAGAUUUUUUAAAUGUUUGAUCUUAAAGAUAAAAUUUUAAGCUUUUUGUCUUGGAGGCGUUUAUUAACAGUAUCAGUUGAGCAGUCUUAUAUUGCCAUUGAAACAAGUACCUAAAAUAAUUAUAAUAGUACUUGACCAAUGCAAAUUUAUAUAUUUGAAAUUACAUGCUUGAAAGAUAAAAAAUGAAUGCUUGUGAGUGCUAAAACUGCAUAUCUUUAUAAAAUAUUCAAAUGUUUAGACUCACCAGUUCAAACUAUCUUGAAUUAACAAGGUCUUACUAUAUCAGUGACUAUAUUACAAAAUAAAUGACUUCCUAUGUUAUGUUAAUGAUCUCUGUAAUGCAUUACAUUUAGCAUGGUUGUGGUAUAUUUUGUACUUUGAUUGUUGACUCUUGAUAGGAUUGAUAUAGCAAUAAAUCUGAUUCAAUCAA